GGCGGGGGGCGGGCCGGGGAGCUGUCGGUGCGGGGAAAGUGCGCGGAGCAGUUGCAGCAGCCAUGCCGGUGGAUCUGGGGCUGUGGAGCGGGCCGCUGAGCCUCACCGAGGUGGAGCAGAAGCCAGCGCACCCGCUGCGCGUUAAAUAUGGCUCCGUGGAGAUAGACGAGCUGGGCAAGGUUCUCACGCCCACGCAGGUCCAGCAUCGACCCACCAGCAUUGAGUGGGAUGGCUGUGAUCCUCAGAAGCUUUACACCCUGGUUCUCACAGACCCAGAUGCUCCCAGUAGGAAGGACCCAAAAUUCAGGGAAUGGCACCACUUCCUAGUGACCAACAUGAAAGGCAACGAUGUGGGAAGUGGGACUGUGCUGUCGGAUUAUGUUGGCUCUGGCCCUCCCAAAGGAACAGGGCUGCACCGCUACGUCUGGCUGGUGUACGAGCAGCCGAAGCAGCUGAGCUGCACCGAGCCCGUCCUCUCCAACCGCUCUGGGGACAAACGAGGGAAAUUCAAGGUGGCUUCUUUCCGCAGCAAGUACGAGCUGGGGGUGCCAGUGGCUGGCACUUGCUACCAGGCAGAGUGGGAUGACUACGUGCCAAAACUCUAUGAGCAGCUGUCGGGGAAGUAGGGGGUGAGGGGACCUGAGGUAGCACUGUGCAGCACCCCCUGUCCCCCUGCAGACCAGCUUGGGCAGAGCACAUCCCUGUAGUUUUGAUUUGUUGAGCCCAACUACUCCUGCACUGACCACUGGGACUGGAACCCUGUCCCUGCUUUGCUGUUGGUGGUGGUCCAGACCUGUGCUGUGCUCCUGCAGGCUGAUGUUGCUACAGGCAACCAUCAGACAAGCUUCUGACACGGUGUCCUCAGAGGGCCACCCCUCCAGGCUGCAGGGCUGUAGGGGAAACCAGAGCCUUUGUGAAUUUGUGUCCCUGCUGUAGUGAAGCUGUGUUGUGUGACAGUGGUGAGGGCACAGAACCACUGCUGGGGUGGUGUUGGCUGUGCAGUCUCCCCUUUCCAGAAGAAGGGAUGGCAGUCUAAGGGAAGCUCCCAUUUUUUUUAAUUUUACCCUCAAGUAUUUGGCCAGUGCCUCCUCUUCACUGAGGAGAACCACUAAAGUAGUGAUGGGGUAGUGGGUGGGAGGAGGCAGGAAGCUGGUUUGUAGCACUACUUAAUUGUUCUCUGUUGCCACUCUAAGCUGAGACCACUUCAUUUUGUUCUGUUGUGACCUGAUCUGUUUGCUCACAGUGCAAUUAAAAACUUACCCACGUGAA